ACUUUUUUAACACGAUUACAAGAAGAACAAUACAUUUAUUUGUUAUAUUGAAUGAAUUGAAUCCUAUUUUUUUAUAAGUUUUUUAUAUAGUUUUGUUUUAAAAGAAAUCAUGGACACUUAUGAGAGCAUAUUGUUGGUAAAAAACGAAGUGUUUGUUUUCAAAAUACCGCCGAGAACCACCAACAGAGGAUACAGGGCGGCCGAUUGGAAUCUCGCUGAACCAACUUGGACAGGCCGCUUGAGGAUUGUCAGUGUGGGUGAUGCAUGCACUCUUAAACUCGAAGACCGUAACAAUGGUGAAUUAUUUGCCAAAUGUCCCAUUGAACAGUACCCAGGUGUGGCACUUGAGUCUGUAUCUGAUUCGUCUAGAUACUUUGUCGUACGCAUCCAAGAUGAAAAUGGUCGUGCUGCAUUUAUUGGUCUUGGAUUUGGAGAUCGUUCUGAUAGUUUUGAUUUAAAUGUUGCCUUACAAGAUCAUUUUAAAAGAAUUAAAGUCUGUGAAGAAAUUGCUAAGGAAAAGAAUGAACCAAAACAAGAAUUGGAUCUAAAAUUCAAAGAAGGCGAAACAAUUAAAAUCAAUAUGAAAAUUACAAAAAAAGAUGGCAGUGAAGGAGUUGCUAAUAAGCAGGCGGCUAAACCUCGACCGACAAUUUCGGGCGUUGGAGGACUGUUGCCACCACCUCCAGGCUCAUCCAGUAUAAAAACCAUUCCGGCACCGCCUUCACAAACGUCAUCUCCAUCGCAUCAAUCUACAAAUCCAAAUAAUUGGGGUGAAUUUACUUCUGCAAAUAAUACUUCUCAACCAGGCGGAAAUUCUAAUCCUAAUUGGGUGCAAUUUUAAAACAUAUUAUGCCAGGUAACCAAAUAUUGGAGUUUAUAAUUAUUAUUAUUAUUAUUAUUAUUAUACUAAACAUUUUUGUUAUAUUAUAAUUUAUUUAUUAUUAUAUUCGUUCUAAAUAUUCAAAAAUAUUGUUACAAUGAGUUAUUUUUAUUAGAUUCUUUGACGAAACAUAUUAUUUAGCUAAUUUUAAUCCUAUUAUGUUUUUACUAAAAUAAAUUAUCAAGUUUAUUGUAAAAAUAGUGAUUGUGUAAUUAUUAGUCCAUUUACAUUAGUGUAAAUGACUAUACAAAUGUUACUUUCUAGAAUUUAUUGUAGCAUUCAAAAAUUAAAAAAAAAAUGUUGAUUAAUUUCAUUUUUUAAUAAGAUUAUUGUAUUUUUAUUAUUAUUAAAUAUUAAAUGAUAUGUGAAUAAUUCAUUUGUUAUUAAAUUAAUUAUUGAUAUUUGUUUAAUAUUAAUGUAUUCAGUAUUAUGAUAUAUAGAAAUGCUAUAAUAGUAUUAUUUAUAAAAAAAAAACAGUAUUUUCAUUUUUAAUAAUUACAGUACUUAUUUGUUAAUUAAAUAUAUAAACAUUUAAUUUAUCAGUCAUAUAUAAUAAUUGCUAUUCAUGGUCAAACAUAAAUUUUAUUACAGUUCUCGUAAAAACUAUAAAAUUAGAAAUUAUUGAUUUCAUAUAUCUUCUUAUUAUGCGAUACAAAUUGUAACAUAUUAUAAUCAUUUAUAUAAAUUAUUUUUUAUCCUCUUAUUGUAUCAAUUUAAGUCAUAAAAAAUAAUUUUUUCAAAGUUUACAUUUUGUCGUUUACAUACUGUUACUUCCAACUUAGUAGUAUAUAAUUUUUACUUACAUUUAUGAAUUCACUUUAUAUGGAAAUGGUUAAAAGUAAUUAGUAUAAAAAUGAUUAAUGAAGUUAAUGUUUGUACUUUGUUAUAGAAAUGGUAUUUGACAAUAUUAAUUAUAGUGGUAGCAUACUUUGAAUUUUUAUUCUUUCAAGUUUAAAUUAAAGUGCUGUAAUAGUGUUUAUAAUAAUUGUAAUAAAUUGUCAAAUUGCCUGUACAAAUAUUCUUGAAUUUUAUAUGUAUACAAUAAAAAAAGACUUUAAUAAGUUAAGAAUAUUUAUCAUAAACGUACAUACCUAAUGUUUUGAAGUAAAAAAAACAUUUUUAAUUAAAUUACUUUAUUGUUAAAGAUAAUUUUUUUUUAUGAUCCAUAAAGGUUAUGCUUUUAUUUAUUUAUUUUAGAAUAAUUUAAUUCAAAGUGUUAAGUUUAGUUCUGUUGAAGUAUUAAAUGUGUUUGAAAUGUACGAAUAGUGGUAAAAUCUGGAUAUGUAUGAAAGCACGAUUGAUAAUUUUAUUUUUGUCACUCGUGUUUUUAUACACACUUAUUUAGAUAAACUUUUACGUAUUAAUUUUUAAGUCUACUAUAUAAUAUGAUUCUAAUGAUACAUCUAUCUCAUUAUGUUUAGUAUGAAUUUAAUAAUUACUCAAAAUUAAUAAAUUGUUUAAUUAGGCAAACUAAAAUAUCUCAUUAAAUACAUAUUAUAAAGUAAGGGAUAGUCAAAAAACUAUUAUUUUUCUGUAAUGAUGAAUUAUUUAAUAUAUAAGAUUAUGUUUGAAUAUUAUUAUUAUAAUUAUUAUUGGGCUAAUUGUUAUUAACGAUACAUCAUUUAUUAAUUAUUAUAAACCUAUGAUUAAAAACGCAGUAACCAAAAUGUUGAAUGCGCACAUUUCACCUAUUAUUUAUGUUUUAAUUAUCAAUGGAUACUACAAAAAUAUAUUAGGUUUUUGGGCCUAAUUAUUUGUAUAAUUUAAACAUUUUUAAACCAUUCCAUUUGUAAAUGUUUUUUUUUUUUUCAUUUUUAAUACAUAUAUUAUAUAUAUUUUAAUAUUUAGAACUGUUGUCACCAGCUACUGUAGCUCUCUCUGACUCUGAAACACAAUUACACAAACAAUAUGAUAAUAUAUAACUUACCUUCUAUUAUAUGAUCAGCACUA